ACACUGGAAUGGCUGCCCCGGGAGGUGGUGGAGUUGCCGUCCCUGGCAGUGUUCAAGAGGUGUCUGGAUGAUGAGUUACGAGGUAUGGGUUUGUUUGUGAUAGCAGUGGUAAUGAGAAGAUGGUUGGACUAGAUGAUCUUACAGGUUGUUUCCAACCUUGUGAUUCUAUGAUUCUAUGAUAACUGAUGUUAAUCACUUCAAGAGGGUGCGUUAAAGGAAAAAAUAGGGCUAGACUUGAGGAAUUUAAGAAUGAAAUUAAUGUUUGUUUGAUGCUUCUUUCCAUAGAGUUGUGUGCUUGUAUAAGGUCAUUGAAAACUAGAGACCAUAUGUACCAAGGAAUAGAUUUCUUGCAAAUAUUAGUAAACUUGUAGUUAUCUAGAGUAAGGACUAGGGAGAACAGAUGGUAGCCUGGUAAAAGCAGAAGUAUAAACAACUUUGUGUGAGUUGAGAAGUGGGCUUAACGGCACUCAGGUAGGAGUAUGGCAGAAAUGAUAUCAUUUUAAGUAGUUUGAGCCCACAAGAUUUUAAUUUUAUUAUAAAUUAUGGUAUAUGCUCCAGUGAAUGUAACUAGUUGAAUGUAAUGCUAACAAGCAGUAAGUUUUCAGGUUCGUUCCUGAUCUGGAAGAUAUUGUUAAUUUUGAAGAGCUGGUAAAAGAAGAAGGACUCUCAGAAGAAACACAGACAGCAGCGAGGCAAUUGGACUCUGUCCUUAGUGACCUCACACGUAACUUUGCAGAAGGAACGGAGUACUUUAAAAUGCUUGUGGAUGUAUUUGCUCCUGAAUUCCGCAGUCCAAAGAAUAUGCAUUUGAGGAACUUCUACAUUAUUGUUCCCCCACUGACCCUCAAUUUUGUAGAGCAUUCAAUCAGUUGCAAGGAGAAAUUGAACAAGAAGAACAAAAGUGGGGCAGCCUUCACUGAUGAUGGGUUUGCAAUGGGUGUGGCUUACAUUCUGAAGCUGUUGGAUCAGUACCAGGAGUUUGAUUCGCUGCACUGGUUCCAGUCUGUUCGAGAGAAGUAUGUGAAGGAAAUAAGAGCAGUAGCUAAGCAACAGAACGUGCAGUCAAUUAAUCAAGAUGAAAAACUGCUACAAACUAUGAACCUUACCCACAAGCGACUGGAAGUUUGCUUACAGGAAUUUGAACUCCUUUAUUUUUCGUUAAGUAGUGCAAGAAUAUUUUUCAGAGCAGAUAAAACUGCAGCAGAAGAAAACCAGGAAAAGAAAGAAAGAGAAGAAGAAUCUGUUAAAGCAAGCAAUGGAGAUCUUUCCAACUCUACGCCUGCAGAUCCUGUUGUGAAAUGAUGUGGCUGGUAGGGGGUGAUAAUUACUUACUCGAAUAACUAUCUCUAACACUCUGGAGGGGUAAAAGCUCUUCAUUUGACUUUUUCUAUUAAACCUAGCAGAAAAUGUACAAUAGCAUACUAGCACCCAGUUGGGCUAGGUCUGUGUUUGUUUGUUUUCCCUAUAGAAACUUCUAUUUUUCAGGAGUUAUUUAUUUACGUUACUAACAGCACUUUCUCAAGAUUGAAAAUAACUACAUAAAAUAUAGCUUGGAGGUAAUUAUUUUAAAUUACACUUGUGCAUAUCUAAGAAAAAAAAUCUUUAAUUUUUAGAUGCUUGCUUGCAUCUCUAACAAAACAUUAAAAAAAAAAAAGACACGUGCAUCUCAUCAACCAGAAGAAGAUCAAAGGAAGAUGCGUUGCUUAUCUGUUGUCCAGAUGUUUAUGCGCUCCUUUUGUAUUUAAUGUAGUCACAAAUUACACUGUAGCUGUAACAGUGUAGGUUGUGAAUGUAUGUUAAAGCUAUUACACAAAAUGGCAGUUCUCAUGAACGUGUGUUUUUUUUUCUACGAAACUUUAUUAUUAGCAUGUUAUUUUCACUCUGGAAUCAGGGUCCUGCCAGGCGUUUAUCUUCCCCUGUUCUUUUUUCCUCCCAUAUUACAGAAAGGGAAAAGCAGAAAAAUUAAUGUAAUAAACUAUUUUUUCACUUCAUGCUGAACGUCUGAUUUGCAUCCACAGAAGUAAGGAAAUCAGGAGCCAAGACAGAACCAGAAUCAGCUCUUCCUUCCAUGACCAGACACUGUGUGAUGGGUGUCUGUGACUAUUAAGUGAUCUUACACUUCAUGAAUAUGUUGUGCCUAACUGCAAGUUUCAGCCUCAACCCCGUCUUUCUCAGCCUUUGUAGGUCCAUUGCACUCUGUGUUGUUAAUACAGUCUUAGUUUCCUGAUUAUUAACAAUAAUUGCACUGCACGCUUCAGAAGCUGCUGAACACUGUGAGAACUGUGUGUAAAAUUUAACAUCUGUUAAUGCCUGUGAGCAGAGGUUCUUAGAUUGUGCAAGAGUUGCUCAGAUUCCUGACGUAAGUAGCUCGAGUUAGCUUAACAGUGAAUUCUGAAUUCCACUUCCAUUGAAAGACUCAGUUGUGUUUUAAUCUCCUGGAAUAUAAAACACUUUGAGGUUUUACUAGCUAGAAUAAACUACUUUAGUCAGUCUGAGAAUUAUUUUUUGUUUUUUUUGGCCCUCUUAACUGUACUUAAUUGACAGUCUUUUUCAUCUCUUCUAAUUAGAAAAAAGGUGAUGUUUUAAUACAAAUGGCUCAAAUUGUUCCACCCGCUCUUUGGCCAUGGGUUGGCUAAGACAAUUCCUGGCAGGCUUUGAUUCAUCCUUUCCUGCCAGUGAGUUCAGCAUUUAGAGAACUGGGGCAAACGUUUUGGUUGCAACUGGACAGAGGGGCUGAUAAGAAAGUCCUUUCAUUGGUUCUGAAAACUUGACACAGAAGCUUUGUAAGCUGUUUAAAUCGGCUGGCCUUGUUCAUAUUUUUGUUAAAACUGCAGAGACUGCCCUAACUAAUGCUGCAUUGCUUCAUUUUGCUUUUUUUUGGUCAUAAUUUACGUGCACUUUUUUUUUUGACCAAGCGGUGCCCGCACUGAAUGGUUGGAGUGGGGUUGCUGAGAACAGCAGCAGUCUCAGUGCUUCUGCUGAUUGCCAUCAUGUUGCAGUAGCAACGUAUGCAUUUCCAUAUCCUUGUCUCAUCUCAAGUCAUGUAAGCUCCAGUUCUUCUCUAGCAAUGGCAGAACCACGCAGAGCAGAGCACUUGUUCUCCUUCAGGAUGGAUGUGCUAGGUAGUUAGAUGCAGUCAAGCCAUGACCUGUGCUCUAAUUAUUGAAGUCCACAUUUGUAUUUUCCCUUCUAUGAUUUUUGGACCGAUGGGAUCUCAGUUAAGUAACACUCUGCAAUUCGUUAUGUGUGGUGAACCAACUCAUGUCAUUCUGGUGAUGGAAAUUCUACAGGAAAGACAAAAGCCUAUUUUUAUAGAACUCCAGUGGAUGGUGGGACCUGAAUGUAUACUCUGUGGCAAAAGUAUAUACAUUCAUAUGAAUAUGUGCAGUGAUAAUAGAGCUAUUCUUGCUAAUAGAGGAUUGUAGUUUAUUAUAGUUACAUUCUAUUGUCAUGUAGCAGCAUAUAUAUAUGCAGAAAGCUUUUGUUACCUGAAAUAUGAACGAGAUGGUCCUGGUUUGGGAUGGUGCUCCUGUGUCAGUGAGUCACCACUAAAUCCUCCUCCCAACCCCUGCCCAACUACCUGGAAGGGGUGCGGAAUUCUUGUGGUGCUAUUUUCAUUGCCUUUACCCUCCUGCUCUGAUAAUAGGAACAAAAUGGAACCCAGCGGGUUGGCUGGAGAUGAGAAUGGAUCUAAAAAGAAAAAAAUAAUGAAAUUCUCUAAAUGAAACGGAACUUUGCUGCUCACUGGAAAUUCCCAGAGGUGAUGAAGGGAGGAUGAUAAGUUUGCUGCAGGGACGUAAAAUGAAUCUCUAUUAUUUUCCUUCAAGGCAGGCACAGAACAGGCUGAAGGAGUCUGCCUUCCUGAGGAGGCAGCUGCCACCGCAGCCCCUGUGUGCUUUGUCCUGGGCCAGGGCUGCUGGGGGCAGAAGUGGUGGCAGUGGCUCCCCUGGUGGCCUUGCAGUCUGUUUGUGAUGGAGCUGGGCCCUUUUAUGCCACAAGCCAUAGGGCUGCAAAGGGGAUGCAGAGCACAGCUGAUGCCCAGAAUCGCGUUCACCCUGAGGUCAAAAGGCGUUGGUCACUGGUGGUGUAGAGGGUGCUGGUCCCAGCAGCCCUGUGCUUCACUGGGUUAUGUCACUGGGUUGCUUUGCUCGGAGGGUAGGUUCUAGAGGUCCUAAUGAAGUCUGUAAUUAGAAGUAAAUGAAUUUUCAUCGGAUGUCUGUCAACAACAGCUAUUUUCAGCUUCUCAGGUACAAAGGACCAAAUGUAACCAUGUUUCCUAACUCACUGUACAAAAGGGUAUUUUGUUACCUCAGUCUCUUUGGUGUGUGGGUAGAGUACCUAAUGUACAUAAAACUGUUAAUAAAUGUAAUUUUCAGAACCUCA